GCCGAAUCUACCAUCUCCAUGGGACGCGAUCAAUAUGAAAGGCGGUUAAAAGAUCUCUCACCGAUUUCAACCGACUUAACGCCGACUUUGUUCACACCAUGAACCGGCGGACGACGCCAGCUGCGCGGAAUGAGCAGGCGGAAACCGGCAGGCACGUCGCGGCGGAGAAGAAAGAACGGCAGACGGCCACGGUGGAUGCCGCUGUGCAUCGCAGGAAGUUCCGAGAGGAUGACCGGAAUCGACUGGCACAGGGCGGCGAUGGCGGCGCAGUCGCGAGGGCAGCAAAGAACUCGACAUCCAAGGAACAGAAGCCGGGAAGAGAGAUGGGCGCGCACCAGUAUGACCUCGGCAAGCAGGACCUUCUCAAGUUGAAGGAGGAGAUAGAGAAGACGGCGAGCGUGGUUCAGACUCGGACGAGUUCAACGUCGUCGUCGUCGUAUCACACAGCAGCGGAGCGCCACAGCAAAAGUGAACCCCCUGCCUCUCCCAGCAUGCCUCAGCUGCGGAUGUUCUCCUGGGACUUUGGAAGCGACUUUGCGCCCGUCAAGCCAACGCAGGGCGGACCCAUCGGAGCACUCCCCAUCAAGGCCCAGGAGUACAGGCUAAUCAAGGACUUGCUGAACUGCAUGAUUGGUUGCGACGGCGUUUCUAUCCACUCGCGGCUGGACCCUCAUGGCAAAAGGGUGUUCUCCAUCGACGACACAGCCGACGUCUCUCUCAAGGAAAUCGCCGGACGAAUCCUGCCCCUCUGUGCCAGCUAUUCCACGGUCAUGCAAUUCGCCGAAGACAAGUGGGAGCCCGGGCAGGGCCUGGUGAACCAGGCGCUGGCGGCAGCCCUGCGCCACCUGCUGCACGACCAGUUCACCUUGGUGGCCCAACUGGAGCACCAGCUGGUGAACAGGGGUGGCCUCACCCUCCAGAAGAUGUGGUUCUACGUGCAGCCGGCCCUGGCGUACAUGGAGACGCUCGCCUCCGUCGUCCGCACCCUCCGCAAGGAGAACUGCUAUGGCGGCAAGAUACUCGGAGCUUUACACAAAAGGACCGUAUCGCUUACGGGGGAUGCCAAAUCCAGGGACAUCUGCCUUCAUCUAAUAAAAGCUGCUUCUGUGUCCUACUUUGACAUGCUAGAGCGUUGGGUGUACAGGGGGCACAUCAGAGACCCUAACCAUGAGUUUAUGGUUUGUGACAAGAGCCAAGUGAAAAAAGAAGACAUGUCUGUCGACCAGAGCGACAACUACUGGAACAGCCGCUAUGCCCUGAGGCCCGACAUGGUGCCGGACUUUCUCAGGCCCAUCCAGGACAAGAUCCUCAUCACGGGGAAGUACCACAACGUCAUCCUGCAGUGCGGCGAGAAACCGAAGUCGUCACCCGAAGACCGCCUGUGCUACUCUGUGGACGAGCGCGAGUAUGGGGAGAAGAUAGAGAGGUCGUACCAACUAGCCAGCCGCACUCUCCUGGACCUGCUCAUGCAGAAGGUUGACCUGAUGGGAAGGCUGAGGUCGGUGAAGCACUUCUUCCUGAUGGACCAGGGAGACUUUGUGGUCCAGUUCAUGGACAUGUCGGAGGAGGAGCUGAGCAAGGAGCUCGACGACAUUGUGCCCACCCGGCUGGAGGUGCUACUGCAGCUGGCGCUCUCCACCAGCAGCGUGGCCAGCGACCGCUACAGGGACUGCGUCAAGCACCAGGUGCUGGAGUGGAGUCUGCUGACGCAAGUGGAGAAGAUCAUGACGAGCGACAGCGCAGUCCAUGGGACAGUGUGCCAGGAGAGCAUCAGUGGCCAUGAGGCUUUCACGCUCAACUACGAAGUCAACUGGCCUCUCAACCUAGUGCUCAGCACCACGAGCCUGGGCUGUUACCAAAUGGUAUUCAGAUACCUGUUCUACUGCACACAUGUGGAAAGGAUGCUAUCAAAGGCAUGGGUGCUGGACAAGCGCAGCAAGCGCCACGGCACGCCGUACCCCACGAGAGCCUUUGGGCUGCGCCAGCGCAUGGUGGACUUCGUCAAGAACCUGCAGUACUUCAUCACCGUCGAGGUCGUCGAACCUUCCUGGCACGUCUUCCAGGACAAGAUGGGCAGGGUGCAGACGAUUGACGAAGUGCUUCAGCUCCACACGGAGCUGACGGACUCCUUCAUGAGCCUGUGCAUGCUGUCCAAUUACCCGGUCUUCAAGGUCAUCUACGGCAUCCUUGGGCUGUGCCUCGACUUCGCCUCCUUCAUACAGAAGCAGGCGUCGGAGUGUGAAGCGGCCAAGAGCCAGCUCGGGUACAUAGCCGAAGACGAAGACAGCGCAAGGCCCGAGACACCCUUCGACAGGAAGAUUGUGGAGGUCGAGGAGUCGUUCAACACCUCGCUGUCGACGCUCAAGGAGGGCAUCCGUCAGGGAUUGGGCGGAGAUCGAUCGGGCCGUGGGAACAGCUUGGUGGAGAUGCUGCACAGGAUCGACUUCAACGAGUUCUACUCGACGAGCCGAUCCUCCGGUACUCUCUGAGCCUUCUGCACUUCUGUACUCUGCACCGAUCUUGAGUGAAAAAGUGUGCCAGCUGCAAGUAGCCAUACUCUGAGGGUAUGUCACGACGCAUCGGACCGCGUCGACCGCUCCGCCGUGUAGCGCUUCAACUCGACGCGGUUAAACAAUGUCUGAACUUCGAGUGCUUCUACACAAAGGAGACACUGGACGUGAAUUGAGGAAGUGGCGUGCAUGCCAAUGUUUUUCGUUGCCUUGGGCCAGGGGCUGGGCAUUCAAAAGACGCGUCCCGUCGUUCUCACUCUUGUCGGCAACUAGAGCGACUCGACUCUUAGGUAAUUAUUUUCCAAGUGAAUGAGCGUGAAGGAAUGCUAUAGCUACUCCAGAAUUUUAAAGGGACAUCUGGAGCAUCCAGAGUGCUCAGACGCCGAGUGCAGCAAUGUUCAAGCGCUCGGAUGCCGUCGUGUGCUCUGGCAGUGGAAUCUCGCUCAAACUUGCCAAGUGUUUUGGCGGCACGACAGAGUCUAAAUCGAAGUGCUCUAAGCCUCGAGUAGAGCGCGACACGAGCGCCCCGGGCGUGACGCAGCCUCGUCAACCGUGCUACGAGAGUGCCAAUGCUACUAACGGCCUCCUGACCUCGCAGGCCGAGGUUGGAACGGUGACCAUUCGUUUCUGUUUUAAUUGCUGCCCGUCUGUGUUUGUUGUCUCGCUACUUACCGCGGUCGUUGCAGGAACGGGUGUCUGCCGUCGGUGCGGCAUUACGUUCCGGUUUUGUUUGUGCGUACCCCUCUUCGGGUUGUCAGUCGGUGCAUCGCUCAAACGUGUCUACCGUGCAAAGCUGCAAAAUCGCGUUGUCCGGCCCGGCGCGGGUGGGCCGAGCACUGCGUCGCAGGACGAGGAAAGAAAGGACGUCGACACUUAAAACCCGUUCUUUAUCGCUUUGCCAAGAUAGUGCCACUACGGUCGCUUACAGCCUGACGAAUGCAGGGCAUGGCUGACUCUGUCUGUGGUUUGUUCUUUGGCAUCCUUACCGGCCGGUGCCACCGUGUCGUUGGUUCAGAAGCAAUGGCUAGAUGCACAAGGCUCGCCGAGCCCCGCGUUCCUCAGGGCGUCGGCGACAAUGCCCAUUUCAUCCUGGACUGUAUGUUUUAGUUGUCGUGCACCGGCACAGUUGUUACGAUGGGGUUCGAGUGUUGAGAACGUGUAGAGGCUGUCGCAGUAUUCAGCGUCUCCAUCGAGCUGGGUUUGAAGGGGCGCCGAAGCAAUGUUUGCAUUUUGAGACUGGCUCACACAUUUCCAUUUGAGUGUGCGCAGGUGCACGACACUCCUUCAUCACGAUGAGAGAACAGAUUGGCACGCCAGCGACCUCUGCCGGGUAGUCCUGGAACUGAUUUUGAUCCGUGUGUAACGAGAUCAAAGGUUUUUGCAGUAUUUGCAAGACAAAAUUUGUGCACUAAGAGAUUAGUUGCUUGUAUCUUUGUCAGAAUUAUUUCAAGCUUGCGGUAAAGGAUUGACGCGUAAAAAAAUUAUAAAAAUAUGCACGCAAGUCGGAAUCAUUCCAGCGCUAUGCGAUAGGUGGCGCGUGUGUAUUCCCUCGCCAUAAUGCAGAGAGCGAGUCAACUGCUUCUUGCUCGGGUGUUUCGGUGACGUCGAAACGACUCCAAGCUCCGAUUAACUUUGAUUGAAAAGAUAGUGGGUAGACCUCAGCGCUAGAUGCCUUGGAGUCUACCCUCUAUCUUUUUCAAUUGGCCAAUAAGAGCUCGGCAUUCUGACAUCAUCGCAACCCCCGUGCAAGAAGCAGACGCACUUGCGCUCCGCAUAGUUGCGAGGGAACUCGGACGCACUCGAGCGUGCCGAGGUGCAGAUCUGCAAACCGGCCUUCAACGUCCAAUCGCAACACUCGGUGUGAGGUCCCGCAACCAUAACUUCGAGAUGCGGUGGACUGUUGGGUCCUUGGAGAUCUGUUUGCAUUAGAGUUGGCACUUGUCUGUCACAUUUCAACAUCCUGUUGGCUUUUUUGUUAUUUCUUUUAAGGUACAGUGUUACUAUGUAUUAGCUCGAGUUCCUUGCUUUCGAACAUGACUCAUUUGCACACACACUUGUGCAGUAUGAUACCAACCAAAGCUACUUGAGCUUUUGCUUCGGUUCAUGUAGAGGCAACGCCAAAUAUGCCACCUUUUGUGGGGCGUUACGUAAGUCAGUGCAGCUUCCAACACAGGUGUUCCUAAAUAACUUGAUGGGCUGACGGUUGGUGGUGCCAUUACUGCAUUAUUGCCAACUGCAUAUCACUUAGCAUGCAACGCUUACAAAACUGAUAUCACGAGUCCCUGUCUCCACUUAGCCUUUGAUUUGCAUGCGUCCCCAUGCAAAUGAGACGCUAGAUGAAGCCACGUGCUCACAGCAUUAUCUUCGACAGCAUAGUACCUAAGUUUAUUUAUUUUGCCUACACAUGGUUGCUUGUUCUUUGUAUGUCCCUUAUGCUUUUGUAUCUUGAGUCACUGAUUUAACUUGAUGCCUGUGUUUACGACAGGGCACGUAAAUGACGCCACACAAUAGUAGGCGAGCAGUUUUUUAGUUUUUUUAGACUAGUUUAUUAUAUUGGGUUCAAGUAAAGCCAAAGAGAUUGCUUCAGCAUCUCACUUCUUCAGCCAGUUUCGAUCUGGUAUUGUCUUUUUUAUGACGAAUGGAUUUAGUAUUGCUCUUAGACCCCUCAGGUCACAAAGAUGUGCCAUGUACAGUUUCUGUUGCUGCAUUCAUUGAACCAUGUUAACCGUGCGUAAAAGCGGUGUGUUCUAAGCGGUGUAUUACAGUGGCUGAAAUGACUGACAUUUCGUGUUGUUGAAUAAUAAAAGAUAAGUCCUAUA